AUGCCGCCCAAGAACACGAAAUCUUCAGCUGAAAUAUUGGAUUUGGAUGCUGUGUUUUCCACGCUGAAGGGGGAAAGCUAUGAAGAAAAGUACAUUGGAUUAAUGCGACAUUUGGUGGAGCAACGGCGGAUGGAUUCUGACAGCCCGAUCGCUACUCUGGCUGUGAUCAAAUUGUCAGUGGAGUUCGAUUUCCCGCUGAGCACGGCUCGAAAAGAGAAGGUUCAUGAAAUCGUCCACGAAGCGAGCACUCACUACGAAUUGGCUAAAUUGCUGGACCAGGGGCUGGAGAAGCGCGGGUUCGCUUUCUAUAAAGCGUUGACGAAGAAAACGGAGGAGACUUUUGGCGAGCGAGGCCCGCUGGCGAUCAUGGACGACAUCACACAAAUGAUCAAGCGCGCGGAUUUGCCGGGCAUCUACACCACGGCCUCCCAGAAGAUGACCAACGUACAGAAGAUACACUUUUUGCUCGAUCUCAUCAUACUCCGAGUGGAUGCCACGCCGCUGUUGUCGGCAAAAUUCUUGGCGCUAGUGCACGGGCUGUCGGCAGAAGAGCUGCGAGGGAUCAGCUUUGCUCAGAUUUUAAUCCGCCUACUAUUGCUCAAACUAUAUCACGGGCUCCCGGAACAAUGCUUUAUACCGCAAUACUUCGAUCAAGCCACGGUGAAGGCCAUGACGCGGCUUAUCGUAGUUUCGGCAGCGAACGGCUUCAGUCUCGAUUCACACCGACUGGGCUUCGCCGACUUUAUCGACUUCACAGCGGCUUUGAUGUGCCGAUUUUUGGAGGUUGGCGAGGAGAAAAUCGCGAAAAAGGAUUUCGAUGAAGUGCAGCGUUGGUUGCGUUACGAUUCGGGGGACAGUAACAAAUUGUUGGCUGCGUUUUUGGCGGAACCUGGGAAAAAUGACCCAUUGGGCGAGGACCGGCUGGCCUGGUCUCUUCUGGGCGUCAUUUCUCAGCUACAGACGAUCUACGGGAUUACAGAAAGUACGCUCGGUUUACACAUACCGGAAGUGUUCGGACUGGACUGCCGCUACGUGGAGUAUAACUCAAAGUUGAAGGCGUUGAAAGGAAGCCUUGAGACUUAUAAAACGAUCGUCGAACGAUGCGGCGGCCACUCGACAGUUUCCAACUUUUCGCAAUUGCUGCAAAUUUGUGGUGCCCACAAAAUGUCGCUGGACUUGAUGGCAACGUUUCACAAAGAUUCUCACACGCCGGAAGCGUCGUGUACCGAGAUUUUCAUCCAGAUCUACGCCCACACCGGACUGCUGGAUUUUAGGACGGCAGCUCAGCUUUGCGCGAUGCUCUUUGGGAAAAUGCCGCAAGAUUGGGUGGAUUUCCGGAAAGCCUCGCAAAGUGGGGUCUUCAACUUGAACGCGUGUUUCGCUAUCGAACAAACCGACGCGCAUCAGCUGGCGGCGGCUUUGCUGCAGAACGCGUUGCUGAAGAUCGCCAGCAGUCAAGGAUAUCAGACAAACAUGGCAAUGUGCAUCCUGCUGGUGCUGUGCCGCGAGAUCACACAGCAAUUCGUCAAGAAUUGGCACCCGCCGGUGGUGGCGGCCAUUAGCCGAGCGUUGGCCGAAAAGAAAAGCUUAAUCAUGCCUGUGCUGUUCGACUACAUUCGCGUGCCAUACGUGUGCAAGGCGGUCAGCUCGUUUGAGGGCAUUUCGUCGGAGCAAGCGCGCGAGUUGUUGAUUCGGAGCGGAAAGCGUCUAUCCCCCAGCCGCUGCAUAUUCCUGCUGCGCCACCUCCUGGAGAAGCACCCGGAAGUGCUGCAGCUGGCCCUGGAUCCCACUGUCAAAGCUGAAAUGGCCGCAAUGUCCGAUGAAGAUAGGCUUCAAAUUAUCGAAAUCGUGGCCGGCUCUGAAGGGGGAUCAUCUUCUGGGCGUUCGACGCCGGCGGUGAUUUUCCUCGAGGACGACGAUGCGUCACGUAGCACUGGGAUUCGAGGCAGCAAAACCCCUGUCCACUUCGACCUGGCGAUGGACGGCGAAUUCAUGGAGAUCGAUUCUUCGGAGACGUUCGGCACCGCCGUCAAUUUUGUGCCCCAUGAUGCGACGUUGGAGGCGCAGCAAACGUGGGCGCGCCAGUACAACGAGUACAAAUCGGAAAAGGAAUCUCGAGGGAUUGACGACUAUGAGGAUUGGUCGGAUGAUGAUAUGAAGGAGGCGGCUGAAGAAUAUGCGAUUAAGAAUCGAGUUCCCGUCGGGCAAUCCGGAUGGCUGGACGGGAUCGCGCUUUCAAAGUACUUU